AUGUUACCUGACGAAAUUAUGCUAAAUAUAUGUCGUUAUCUUUGUGGAGGUGAUGUUCGUUAUGCCUUUUUUAAUUUGAAUACUCGUCUCAAUAAAACAAUAACAGAUUAUUAUCAUCUUUUAUAUUUGAUGCCUCAUGUGUACCGGAAAUUCGAUUAUGUCAUCUGCCAUAUUUUACCCGAAAUUAGUAUGUCUGCUCGAUCUUUGAUGCUCAAUGGUAAUUGGGAAACAAUAAUGUCGUCCAGAGCACUUUCUGUUCUGUUCGCUAUAUCCAUAUCAUUCACGUUUCCACAACUUCAAAAGCUCACAUUUAAAUGGUUUACCAAUGAAAGACUUUGGCUACUCGUUGAUACUCUUCAAAAUUUGUCACAACUUAUCGAACUUAACAUUCGAUUUCUUAAGGAUGAAGCUCAAGAUACGUUACUAACGAAAGUUUUCACUGCUAAUAACGGCCAACUUACAUCGAUAUCAUUCGAUCAGGACUCGAUUUAUUUAAGUAUACCCGAAGAAAACAAGAUGGUCUCGUACUCGAAUAUUAAGGAGCUAAAAAUCAAUUUGACUCGACGUCAAAUGUUGUUUCGCUUCUUUACAGGGGUUCCAAAUGUACAUUGUCUACGUGUACAUCUUGCUGAAAUUUCAGAGAGUCCAAUUACUAAACAAGAGUUGACCGAUCUACCAUUACUUGCUCAUCUGAUUGAUUUCAAGUUACAUUCGAUUAAUCUCUUUUGGAUAUUCGAUGAACUUGUUGAUAUAUUACAUCGAAUACCCAUUUUGCAAAAACUGACACUCGAUCUUCGUACAUACGACAAACGCUGA